AUGCGACCCCCCUCUGAAGGAGAAGUCGCCGAUGCCAUACGAAAGUUGCGCAACAAUAAGGCACUUGGAGAGGACAGCAUACCCGCUGAAAUCUUCAAGUCUGUGUCGAUACUCUGGCGCUCUGGCUCCAUGAGGUGAUUGAACGAGCGCGGAGAGACGAGGUUUUUCCCGAUAACUGGGGCUAAGGCAUCCAUGUACCUAUCCUCAAGAAGGGAGAUAAAACGAGAUGCGAGAACUACCGCGGCAUAAGUCUCAUCGACGUUGCUGCGAAGAUCUUUGUUAUUGUCCUACUCAGGCGAUUCCAGGCUGUGCGUGGCUCAAGGAAUAGGCCCAACCAAGCCGGAUUUCGUUCUGGACGUGGAUGCGCAGACCAGAUAUUCACAAUGAGGCGCAUUCUCGAAUGUCGCCAUAUCUACCAACAACUGACGGCCGUCUGCUUCAUUGACUUUGCCGUCGCUUUCGAUUCCGUUCACCGCGAGUCCCUGUGGCGGAUAAUGGCGCUAGAUGGCGUACCGGCAAAAAUCACCGCCAUAAUCAAGGCCUACUAUCGCUCCACUACUGCGAGAGUCCUGGUCCGCAACAAUUUUUCUCAACCGUUCGGUAUUCGGUCUGGCGUCCGACAGGAUUGUAUCCUGUCACCCAUAUUGCUCAGCAAUGCUACUGACUGGAUCCUCGGGAGGGCCCUACCCGAGAGUGACGGCGUUGAGUUUGCACCCGGCAUCGACUGA